AUGGAUAAAGACCAAAAUACAGAUAAUGAUAACAUUAGUGAAACAAUAGCUUCAAACAAUGAUUGUUCAAAUAAUGAAGAAAAUUUAAAAAAUACAACAAUAACAAAUAAAAAUAAAAAUAAAAUAAAUAAAAAUAAACCGUUUGUUUUAAAUUUAAAAGAAGAAAAAGAUUUUAUGAAGAAAUACAUCAUUUUAGAAAGAUAUUUUGGUGCUAAGUCAAAACAAACUCAAUUCAAUCAUUUAGGAGCAGGUACUGAUGAUAUUUCAAACCAACAACAAAAUGAAAAUGAAAAUAAUAAUAGUAAUAAUAAUAAUAAUAAUAAUAAUAAUAAUAAUAAUAAUAAUAAUAAUAAUAAUAAUAAUAAUAAUAAUAAUAGUAAUAAUAAAGAUGAAGAAAUUACAGCAGAAUCAUUAGAAUUAAAUAAAAAGAAUGGUAUUUUAGAUAGAGUUGGUGUUUAUAGAGAUAUUUAUUGUAUGGAUGCAGUACAAUGGUUAAAGGAAAAUGAAAUUUCACCACAAUCAAGUGUUAUUACUUCAUUACCUGAUAUAAGUGAAGUAUCAAGUAUGAAUUUAGAACAAUAUAAACAAUGGUUCACUGAUACUGUUUCUUUAAUUACUUCAAAGUUAGAUGAAAAAAAUGUUGCAAUUGUUUAUCAAACUGAUAUUAAAAAAAAAUGGAAAAUGGAUAGAGGUAUAAUUGAAGAAUAUGUUGAUAAAGGAUAUUUAGCACAAAAAGGAGCAGAGAUAUCAGGUUGUAAAGUCAUUUGGCAUAAGAUUAUGACAGCACAUAGUAACAUUUCAAAUAAUAAAGCAACAUUCACUCAUAUGAUUUGUUUUUCAAAGAAUCCAACCAAUAUCAAAUAUCAAGAGAAUACACCAGAUAUUGGUGGUAGAGGUUCAAUGGUUUGGUCAAAAGCUAUGGGUUUAAAUGCUUGUGUAAUUGCAAUACUUUAUUGUCGUUCUAUUGGUUCAACAACUAUCAUUGACCCAUUCUGUGGAAAAGGUAGUGUUUUAGCAGUUGCAAAUGUUUAUGGUUUGGAUUCGGUGGGUGUCGAUUUAUCAUCUGGUAAAACUAAAAACUCUUUUAAUCUUCAAUUAGAUGUUGAAACUGUAAAUAAAUUCGAUCCAAGAGUUUGGCAACAAUCAAAUAAUAAUAAAAGUAAUUUAUUAAUAAAAGAUAAUGACAAUAUUGAAGAUAAUGAUGAAUCUGAUAUUACCAACAACAGCAACACCACCACCACUACUACUACUGUCUUUAGAAAAGUAAAAAAACAAAAGAAUCCUUCAAAACAACCACAACAAAAUCAAAAAGAAAUAAAUUAA